UUGGAUGACGCCAUGUUUUUAGUUAUCUCAUUGGCCGAAUAUUUGGCCCAUGACAUCUUCUGUUCAUACACAUAUGUUUAAGGGUUAUUGCUGGGUUUGCUAGGUUUAUUGCUGUUCUUUUGUACAACGGUAUGACCUUCUUGUAACUUGCCGGACGCAUUCGUUGGUGCAGCCCGCUGAAGGCAGAAAUGGGUCGGUUUCUGAAUGUGCUGCGAAGUUGGCUAGUGAUGGUGUCUGUCAUUGCAAUGGGAAACACAGUCCAGAGUUUUAGAGAUCAUAGCUUUCUAUCUGAGAAACUAUACACAGGAGCACCGGAAUUUGUAAAUGGUCUCCAAGCACGGACGUUUGGGAUCUGGACAUUGUUGUCAUCUAUUAUCCGCUGUGCAUGUGCAAUAGACAUCCAGAAUAGAACGCUAUAUAACAUCACCCUGUGGACAUUUGUCCUGGCUCUGGGACACUUUCUGUCUGAAGCCUUCAUCUACAAAACAGCACCUCUGACUAUUGGUGUGAUGGCACCUCUCAUUGUGGCUAGUUUCUCUAUCGUGGGAAUGCUGAUUGGUUUCCAGUGUAUCUCAGAGCCUCAGGAAGAAGUCGGGUCGCGACAGAAGAAGAGGAACUGACAACAUGAGGACUCGGCAUGGUGUGUCUCCCUUCCCACCACCAGGGGGGGCUGUUGGUUAAACUAUUGCUGCUUCUUGUCACAGGUAAUGACUGAAGAAGUGAAACUAAACUUGUUUACAUCUGGCCAGGCCAGUUUUUUUUUUGUUAUGGUAUUGUGUUCUGUAGCAUACCUCAUGUUUUUUUUUAAUAUUAUAUAAUUGACUUCUGCAAUGACAGGAAGAACAGUUGAUAUUUGCUUACUUAUAAUUCUGCAGUUGUAAUUAUUUUAAAAUGUUGUUUAUCAUUAUAUUAUUAAUGUGUGGAUGUAUUUUAUGAGCUUGUUUGGGAGAUGUGUGCUGUAAACUAAGGCAUCAUUUGAGUAGAUGAUGAAUUCAUGGACAUUUUUGUGCAGUUGGGACUUUUACCACUCGCUCAAAAAUAGUGUCUAGGAUGAUUGACAAAUUGGUAGUUUUAGUUUGACAUGUUAUUCCGGAUCAGUCAUGAUAUCUUAAUGUGUGUGUUCUCAGCACAUACAGUAGACUGGAGGACAUGUUGCCUUCUAUGGUGACAAACUGCUGAAUUAAGUCUGGUGUGAGAUGUCUGUGAAUAAACUUGAAUAUCGG